AUGGAGCACGAAAGCAAAAAUGACAGACCGGAUGUUAAACGUAUUUCGUCACUGAAUAGAACUGAUCACACAGGUAAUUCAUCGUCAUGCACUGCAUACAACAAUGUUAUGGACUUAGUAUUCAAUGAAAAAUGGGCUGCAAUCCAUCCCUCAAGACAAGCAGUGGAGGACGAAAAUACCAGUUUAUCCGCCCUACCAAAACCAGCUCCACAGGGUGAAACCAAGCCCUCAAAAGAAUCCAAAUUGUGUAGUCGGAUAAUCCCGGGAGCAUUUCAAAUUGACGGAAUUGGAAUCGAAGCUCCUAGAAUAUCUCUAUCCUCUGAAAGCCAUGACGAAAGUGAGAGUAGUUUUGAAGAUAGCGGCAUUUUUCUUAUGCCGAAAGCAAACUUGAUAGAACAGGGACUCAAAGAUGUCGAAGCCCCGAGCGCUGGAGGAGCAAGUUCGAUGACAAGUGUUCAAAUGGAUAAUAUUCCAGUUGCUAUUGCACAGAAGAAAGACAGCCGAUGUUUUCGAUGUUGCGUGAUUAUUGGAAUUUUAUCUAUUGCAGGUCUACUUAUCGCUGCCAUAAGUCUACUGGCGCAAGAAAAGGAGGGAGAAGCUGUGACCAUGGAGCCGAUUCCCGCUCCUACUUUGGAUCCCAACUCAGCUGAUCUGCAAAGCGGUCUAUCUACGGUUAGUCCAACAGAUGUGGCUAUAUUGAAUGGCGACAGAGGUGAUACUAGUGACAGCGACGGUGGGACAAUCGUUACUUUAUCUCCAUCACCCCAAAAAGAUCUCUCACACAAGCCGACGAUAGCACCAAGCCACUGGCCAACUCUCAAACCUGUAAUACCAUCAACGCCUAGCCCUGAUCCAGAGACGAUACGAAGUCCAACACUACAACCUACGCCAAAUUUAACUCCGGGGCCGACUAGCAAUCCAACUCCAGAUCCAACGCCAGGACCGACAAGAAAUCCAACACCAAAUCCAACACCAAAUCCAACACCAGAACCGACGAGGAAUCCAAGUCCGAAUCCAAUGCCGAAUCUAAUGCCGAGGCCGAGGCCGACUAGGAACCCAACAGCUAGGCCGACAUCGGCUCCGACGAAAGCUCCACAACCAAGGCCGACGCGAAGACCUGGUGGGGACGGUGAUGGAGGUGGAAAUGGCGGACCGCCACCGCCUCCUCCUCCUCCGCGAUGA